UCGGUGAUUAUGACGACUCUCACGUAUGCAACAUUAUAACCUGUGUUGCCCCAGAGCUCCUCACAUCUAGCGGGGAGGUGGGGGAGAAGAGAGGGAGGAACCCAGGGCGUCUUUUCCGCAUAAGAGCGGAAAGCCUCCAGCUUAGAUGCAACACGCGGAGAACAGCUGCUGCGGAUCACAUGCGGUGCUACUUUUACGUCCGCAGUGCGUAAAACUUUCUGCUGCAGUUCGCGUCACACGUAUCUCGGAAUUUCUUUUUUCUUGCUUCGGGUGUCUUACAUCUAUUUGUGCAGCACAAGCAUGAGUGUUUCUGUGUCUCCGAGGCGCGCCAGCAGGAUAGUGGAAGAUGGUCCCAAGGGAGUAAUGCGACGGGGUGUACUGGAGUGAAGUGCAGCUGGGUGGAGUGGCUGUGUCAGUGCACUUGUGCGGCUUGAGCUACUUUUAGCUACUUUCUGGUCGACGACGUUGACAUCAAGAGGAGGAGGACUGGGGUAGAUGGAAGGGACAGAGUCAUGAGUUCUAGAGAUGCGAGCUGCAGAAGUGUCACGGGAUUUUGAAGGUCGAAGGAAUCACAAACAAGAACGAGCGAGCUCGUGCCUAAUACAAGGUGAGGUCAAGAUGGUUGUGGCGUGGAGCGCUGCAAUCCCAGGCUUCAAACUAAUUCUGCUCGUAUCGCUAAUAUCGAAUCUCCUGGCAAAUGUCAAUAGCGCAACACAGCCAUAUGUGGUGUACAUGCGACCUUCUGAAUCGGGAUUGCUAGAUAUUGAAUCAAUCGCCGCUUCCCAUAAUGAGCUAUUAGCUUCAGCCAUGAACAGCGAUGCGGAUGCUGCGACAUCGGCUAUGCUGUAUACUUACAAACACAUCUUCAACGGGUUCUCUGCAACGAUGACCGCCGAUGGGGCAGCCGCUCUCGCAGCGUCGCCACAGGUGGUGUCGGUCAUUCCAAGUCGACUGCGACAACUGCACACCACUCGGUCGUGGGAGUUCCUUGGGCUGGAGUUGGAGUCCGGCAAGAUCCCCAAGGACUCGCUGUGGAAGAAAGCCAAGUUGGGAAAAUCGAUAGUGGUGGGCAUCUUUGAUUCUGGCAUUUGGCCUGAGUCAGCGAGUUUCAGCGACGAGGGGGUAGGUCCUAUCCCGGACAAAUGGAAAGGAGAGUGUGUCCGGGGCGAGGACUUUGGUCCCGAAAACUGCAACAGAAAAUUGAUAGGCGCGAAGUAUUACCUCAAGGGUUACGAGGCCCAUAUCGGAUCCAUCAAUGCGACGGACUACAGAUCACCCCGUGAUAUCGAUGGACACGGCACCCACACGGCUUCCACUUCAGCUGGUAACUUCGUUGAAGGAGCCAACACAUUUAAUCAGGCUUGGGGGACUGCCAAGGGGGGUGCGCCACACGCCCACAUUGCAGCGUAUAAGGUUUGUUGGCAGGGUGGUGGAUGCGACGAUUCGGAUAUCCUGGCAGCUAUGGACGAUGCUAUAGCUGAUGGAGUCGACGUGUUUUCAGCAUCUCUUGGAAGCGAUCCACCGCUUUAUCCUUACUACUCGGAUGCUAUCGCUGUUGCCACCUUUCACGCCCAAUACAAGGGAAUCAUCACAGUCUGUUCAGCUGGAAACGCUGGCCCAACUGCAGGCUCAGUUACGAACGUGGCUCCAUGGAUUGUUACCGUGGGUGCCAAUAGCAUUGACAGGAAAUUCCCCUCCCAUGUAGUCACAGGGAACAAUGAAAUAUUCGAUGGACAAAGCUCUACAAAUGAGAAGCUUCCUGAUGAAUAUUUUCCCCUCGUAGCCGGAGCUGAUGCUGGACUAUCGGGCGUUGAGAUGCUGAGUGCAUUGUGCAUGAACAAUACCUUAGAUCCGGAGAAAGUGGCGGGCAAGAUCGUGACUUGCAUUCGGGGCGUGAAUGGGCGAGUUGAAAAGGGUGGAAUCGUGAAAGAGGCCGGGGGAACGGGUAUGAUCCUCGCGAACAAUGCUGCGAGUGGGGAGGAGCUUUUAGCCGACCCUCAUCUUCUGCCAGCCACCAUGAUUACGUACUCUGAUGGCCUGAAGCUCUUGAGCUACAUUAACAGUUCCAGGUCACCGAUGGCAAAGAUCACGCCUGCAUACACAAAAUUGGGUGUAAAACCUGCUCCAGAGAUGGCAGCAUUUUCAUCACAAGGUCCCAACACUCUCAAUCCAGAUAUUCUCAAGCCGGAUGUGACGGCUCCAGGGUUGAACAUUCUCGCAGCUUGGACGGGUGCCGAGUCUCCAACAGGGUUAGCUUUUGACCCUCGCCGAGUUAAGUACAAUAUCAUCUCCGGAACCUCGAUGUCUGCUCCCCACGUAUCCGGCGUGGCUGCUCUUCUAAAAGCAAGACAUCCGAACUGGAGCCCUGCUGCCAUUAAGUCAGCGCUUAUUACCACAGCAACACAAAUCGAUAACACGGGUCACCUGGUCAGAAAUGGUUCCAUGAAGAUUGCCACACCUUUCAGUUAUGGUGGGGGCCAGAUUAACCCAAAUGCCGCUCAUGAUCCUGGAUUGGUUUACGACCUUACCCCACUUGAUUAUACUCUAUUCCUGUGCGCCAUUGGGUACAACGGGACUUUCCUGCAAGUAUUUACAAUUGAGCCAUUUACUUGCCCGUCUAAAGUCCCCUCUGUAUCCGACCUGAACUACCCAUCUAUUACAAUCAGUGACCUGUCGACACGGAGAGCUGUUCGAAGAACAGUCUUAAAUGUUGGCAAAGCAAAGCAAACAUACAAUUUGACGGUGGUGGAGCCAUUCGGCGUGCGGGUGGACAUCAACCCAAAGCAGCUUGUCUUCAGCCGGAAGUAUGAAAAGAAGACGUUCUCGGUCACAUUUACGCCGAGAAAUGUGACAACUAAAGGAUAUCAAUUUGGUUCAUUCACAUGGAGCGACGGAUACCAUCGAGUCAGGAGCCCCCUCGCCAUUCAAAAUGUAUUGUAAUGAAAAUUUCCUAGUCUUUGUACUCGGAUUUUUAUGAAGUUAGGAGUGAAAUAAAGCAGCUGAAUCGUCACGCUGCUGCUAUCAAAUUACAUAUGAUGUCACAUUAACUUUGCGAGCUGGAGUAAGUAAUCAUGAAUGCUGUAAUGUCUAGAUUGAGUGAGGAAUUCUGAGGUCUUUGAUAAAGUUGUAAUUGCCUGGCGGGGAUAGCUGAAGCCAAUGCCGCAAACAGUAAAGCAAUUUACGAUUCGAACAGCA